AUGACUGAAACGCAAAUUGGAAACUCACAGCUUGCUGACUGUGAUCAUGUCCCCAUUAUUGAUCUGUCAACUCUUGACAGUCCACAUCUUGAAGAACGACAGCAGCUGGCUCGAUCGAUAUAUGACGUGUGUACGCAAGUUGGCUUCUUUUAUAUCAAAAACCAUGGUAUCCCGGAGGAGGUUAUCAAAGAAAUCCACAACGCCGCAGAAGGCUUCUUCGGUCUCCCCGAGGAGCAGAAAAUGAAGUUCUAUAUAGGAAACUCGCCAAAAUUCCGCGGCUACAGUCCUUUAGGUGCCGAGAAGUCCACAGGAACAGACGAUAACCCCAUCGCACCAGAAGAUGCAGUCAGUGCUCUUUCUGAGGCCUUUGAUAUCGGAUAUGAAACUGCAAUGGAUGCUCAAAAGUCAAAAGAUGACACUCUGCCUUGUGACCCUUACGAAUUAUAUGGAGACAACCAAUGGCCUGGCCAGGACACGCUGCCAGAAUUCUCUCAGACCUAUAUUGAGUAUUGUUCCUUGGUUCUUGAACUCUGCCGAAAGAUGAUGAGAAUAUUUGCUCUUGCUCUGAGUUUACCGGAAGACCACUUUGAUUCUAUGGUUCAGAAUCCAGGUGUCACGUCUAGGAUGAUGCAUUAUCCCCCUCAGCCCGUGAAAGAGGAGGUUCGCGAGGGGCUUGGGGCUCAUACUGACUAUGAAUGCUUCACUAUCCUGUCUCAAGGUAGUGUUCCAGGUCUACAGGUCCUGAACCACAGUGGCGAAUGGAUACUGGCACCACCCUUGCCCGGUACAUUGGUUGUUAACAUAGCCGAUUGCUUGUCAAUCUGGACAAAUAAAACGUUCAAAUCCACUAUUCACCGAGUGACAAACUUGACGGGCCAAGAGCGUUUUUCGAUUCCAUUUUUCUUUGGUGUUGAUUAUGCUGCCACAGUCUCGGUCCUACCAAAUCAUAUCUCGCAUGACAGACCAGCCUGCAAAGAGCCUUUCAAAGCAGGAGAGUGGGUUCGCGAAAAGCUAUCGAAGGCAUAUGUAGGUUAUGAGGGCUAG